AUGGAGCAAGAUUUUUAUAUCACCGAGUACAGGACCCCGGCAUGCGGAACAAUGAAAUGUGUGCUGAAGAAAUUCUACACAGACUUCAUUGUGAAUGAAAUCACCAAAGAUGGCACUGUCGUCGAUCUGCCAUCUGUGUCUGAAACAGAACCAGUGAAGGAGGAAGAAAAAUCUCCCGACAUUUCUCCGCCGGAAUCAAUAACUCCGGGUAUGAUUGCCAGGAUUGAUGCCCUUCUUGCCGGUGACUCAACGCCGGUAGAAUUAUCGACAGAGGGUAUGGAUAAGAAAGGACGCACAGCAAUUCACGUAUGGGUGCGGCACAAAAAACGACGAAUUUGGCCAUCUGACCGUCCUGAUUACUUACAUUUUACGUUGUGCAAGGAAAACAAAGACACUAACUUCGCCUUAAACCUCAUUGCCAAAUAUCUCCGGAUAAAAUCUUCUUUGCUUGGUACAUGUGGUCAAAAAGACCGCCGAGCUGUUACAACACAACGUGUAUCUGCGUAUCAUUGUGACAAGGAAUCGUUGGCACUUCUCAACAGAAAACUUCGUGGGAUCAGGCUUGGAGAUUUCGCUUUCAACACGGAGCCGUGUAAAUUGGGUGAUAAUUGGGGAAAUCGAUUCAAAAUAAUACUCAGAGAUGUGCAGCCACUUGAUGUUGCUGAUGUAGCAGCCAGAAUUGAGCAGUUCAAAACGAGAGGCUUUAUUAAUUAUUACGGGACGCAGCGUUUCGGUGUCCUUGCCGAAGCCCUAGAUGAAUGGAACAGAUCGGGGAAUCUGCAUGCUGCACAGAAAAAGCUCAAAGGUGGCCAGCUGUUUGCAACGACGGAAGGACAACUCAUUACUUCCCUCAACAAAAACAACUGCAAUUAUCACGACGCACUAAUGAAAUUGGCACGAAAUACACGUAGUCUGUACGUGCACGCUUAUCAGAGCUUACUUUGGAAUAGGAUAGCGACGGAACGAAUCAAACGGAAUGGGUUCAAUGCAAAUCUGAAUGUUACAAAUAUUAAUGAAAAUCAAGAAUUAAUGCUACCUCUUAUGUCAGGAUCAGCGCAAAUCGAUGAUGCAGAAGGUUGUUUUUUUGCAUGGCCAACCAGCGCUCGAUUACUGUUUGGUGGCUACGAAGUUAAAAUGCGUGGAUGGUAUGACGCAUUCAUGUCUGAAGAUGGAAUUACGCAAGAGAUGUUCAGUGGUUUGGAAAGUGCGUGGAUGGUAUGA